GAUUUUUAAACGACGAAUCUUUGUUCAAUGAUCCUCAGAAUCACUAAUGUUUGUAUCGUUUGGUGGACGUUCAACAAGUUUGAUAUUUGCACACAGAAAACUUCGCUCUGCCCUCGUAUGGAAAGUUUUCCUAAAGAAAUAAUAUUCUUUUACGCCUCUACAUUGGUUCUUUGAAAGACAACACUUUACUCUGGUGACACACGAAGUUUAUGAUGAACACAAAAAUGAAAUUCCUUCAAAUCAUGACGUGUGUUCUCUUGUUUUCAACAAUAUCUCGAGGAUGUCCGACCGACGAGAAACCCAUCGAGAUCGUCGAAGGAUCCGGAGAUCGAGCCGAAGCCUCCCAAAAUCAAAUAACCAUCGACGACCCAGAAGGAAUAACUGAUAGUGUCCAGUCUGUGAGUGGCGAGCUACCAGAACAGGGACUUAGAAAGAUGGACCGAAGUCAGAAAAGGGGAUUCUAUCCGCCUCGAGCUAGAAAAAUGGAGAUCGACAAUGAAUCCGACGAGGAAAAUGCUGAUGUCAGUGAUGCUUACAAGCGUAUUGGGGAAGAAAAACUAGAAUCGAUCCUCAAAGACAGCGCCGACUCGCUUACGACGACCAUUUCUGGAAUAAACUCCAAUUCGCAAUCCCAGGUUGUACUCGGCGGUUUUGGUGCCGAGACGAGCCACUCCGUGCAAUCUACUUCGUUUCCAUUUGUUCCUGAAAACCACGAUAGAUCAAUAUCCUCUGGAGAUCUUAGCCAAGGGCUGAACCAUCCUAGGAGUCGGGGAACCUUUCUAUUCCCUAAAACAGAUGGUCCUUCGGAACUUCCAAGACAUCCCGAACCGACCAUACACCACAGUCUGACACCGGAUCAUCUAUCAGUGAAUCUCACCUCAAAGCUACCUGUAAAUGCUUCAGACUUCCACCAAUCUUCAGCACCGGGAAUUGUUGUUCAGGAUCCGGCUGCGUUGGCUAUCAUGAAGCAACUUCCUCCAGCAUUGCUAAUGUAUUUGAGGACACUGCAAACAUCUGUGGAGAGUCAUCUCUCAGAAGAGUUCCACAGCAUUGGAAUAAGUAUGGGGCCCCACGAAGAAGGACAUUCGAUGCCACACCCGAAAUACAGGAUAAUCUGUUCACUCGGCGACAUCGAAGUUCGAUCGUAUCGUCGUUCAACUUGGAUUUCCACCGUUGUGAACACCUCAUCUUUCGAUGUCGCUACGUAUAUUGGUUUUCAUCGGCUCUUCAAAUACAUACAGGGAGAUAAUUCAAAAGGAGUAAGGCUCAAUAUGGCCAAACCUGUCCGGACGCAGGUGGCAUCAUUACCAGUCGAUAUAAGCCUUUCAGACGCCCAUGGAGGAGGAGAUGGCCAGCACGUCCGCUACACUAUUUCCUUCUACGCAUCUCGCAAACGAGCCUUGGAUUUACCCAACCCUUUAGAUCAGCGGAUCUUCUUUGAGGAGCAGAGACCAGCUCGGUUUUACGCCUUGUCUUUCGGAGGAUUUCCCAUCAGUCACCGAGUGGACGUACAAUUUCAUCAGUUGAUCCGACUUCUUCCGAACUCCAAUCAGAAUCAAUCGGAUUCACUCGGAUCAUCGUUCUUCACCGAUGUUUAUGACACCCCAAUGAAGCUGACAAAUCGACACAAUGAAAUUCUUAUUCCGCUGAAGGUGGAUGACAAUCCUCGACGAUGGUGUUCAACGUCCGAGUAAUAAUAAGCUACUUCUUAAUGCCACUGCCGCUACUCUGGGGAGAGAAGGGGGUUGGGGAGGGCGGCAUUCAAGCGUACCCGUAAAGAUGAAGUCUACGCGCAUGCGUACUCUUAUUCCGAAGACGCAAGUCAUGAAUAUUCAUAUUGGGGUCCGGAACUCUUGUGGGGAAAAAUAAUCUCGCACCCCGCCCCACAUAAUUUUUGUUGAAUUUUGCUUGUCAUUUUUUGGACGUUUGGUUUCGGAAAUUGUUCUAUAUGCACAAAAUUAGUUUAAAAUAUUGAUUACAAAUAUGGGCAAUUCGCAUAAUUUAUGAUAGAGGUGUAAACUUACAAAUAAACCACCAGGGAAGGGGAACUUGGAAUAACAUUGUUUUAUUGAGUCAGAAGUCAAUAUUUCGAACCCGAUUUGGAUAAACAAUGAAAACACAACAGGCAAAGAUCAUCUACUAUGUUAUCUUCUUUUCUACACCCCCACCCUGAUUUCUUCUGAAUAUAGACAUAGUCUCAAGACCAAUGUCAACAGCAGAACAUCGCAUUGCUGAACCAUGAUUGUAUCGUUAAUUUUGACUGAUAUAUCCAAUGCCUUCAUGAUUAUUCACGAUGCAAACUCACAACUAGACAGAGACACUGAAUACUAUAUCGUUAUUAUUGCUGUUGUCUACUUUGAAUAUGUAUAUUCUGAAAGUAUAAAAAUCGAGAAACGUAUGCCUACAGUGAACUGAAAAUUAGAGGUAUUUUGAGAAAAGAAUAUUUGAAAAUUGUAUUUUUGUUUAAUGGGUUUUAUCUUUGCAGGGCGCUAUUCUGAAGAUCAAUUGUUUUGGUUGAUGAAAACUUAAUUUCAAGCCAUUUGCGUUCUUCUGGGGUUUGAGUACCUCAGUCAAAAAAUAUUUUUUUGAUUUAGGUACCCAAACCCCGGGAACAUUUUUUUACUUUUUGGUAAACAUCGAUAAAAACAUCGUUUUGACGAAAGUUCUUCAUUUAUCUGUCUGAUGUGUUCUCCUCUCUAAUUUGAUUUUUUUUUAAGUUACAGACAUAGUAACUUUGAUAUAAUCGGGGAAAUGAAGCCACCUUUAAAUCGUGCUUUCAAACUUUGGUUAUACGUCAACAUUGAUUGUCAUGUGGUAAAUCUUAUCUGGGUACGAUUUACAGACUGGUUAUACAGUUUAACAAGAUUUAGAAUAAAUCUUUCUGCUGUACAUGUUUUGUUUGGUUUCACAGAAAAAAGAAACGAUGCUUUAAAUUGUUUAAUAAUUUGGACAAAAUUACAUGUAUACUCUGCUUGUGUGGAAAAGACCAUACCUAAUUUUGAGAAAAUUAAACAAUAUAUAAGAAAAUGUUACAAAAAUGAGAGGCAAAUCAGUAUUAUGGAAAACAAAACACAUAAAUUUGAUAAAAAAUUGGUAAAUUUCGAAAGAAUUCUUGUCAUUUUGUAAUAAGAUUUCCGGACCUUUAUAUGUAUUUCUGUUUAAUGUAAACAUAUUUUCAUGAUGAAUGUGCAGUGUGUUUUGGGUGAGAGGUGAUCAAUUAUUGUUGGAGUGGCCUUGUUCGGUGCUCAUUUGUUCUUUGCUGCUGCAAGUGUCGGCGGCGGAACGGAUGGGUGUAGGACAUGGCCACUCUAGUAUCGGUUGCCUUUUGCUUGAAACGCCCUGUAGGCCUAUACUUUGUACAAAAUUAUGAUAUGUGUGUAUGAUAUCUUAUGUCAUUUAUAUCAUUGUUAAAAUGUUUCUGCAAAUAUAUGCCCUAUCGGAGGGAAAUAAAAAAAGCUUUAAAAAAAAAAAAACAUUGAUUGUUUAUUUUUUGAUAUAGCGCCUCCUCUCGAUAACAUUUUUAUUUCUUUGUAUAAGGCUUCUUCGAUUCCCUACAAAAUUUUGCUAAUACAUUUUUUAGAGCUACAUAAAAGUGAGAAUAUUUUCUUUUCUGAAAUUAUCCGCCCACUCCAUGCUUAAGGGCUAUGUGAUUAGUCUUAUUAUUUAUUUGGGUAAUAAAUUGAUUAACCCAACAUUCCGAUGGUGUUUUUCCCCUCUCCAAGCCAGUAUCUAAACUGUCGAAACUUUAAGCUAAAACAACAAUGUUACUUUCUAAUAUCUUAGAAUCCUGUACUUGCCAAGACUCAAUGGGAAAUUAAAGAGGAUAAAAUUGGGGUCGUGUGAUCCAGUGGUUAGAGCAUUGGACUCAUAAUCGCAAGGUUGUGAGUUCGAAUCCCUACUCUGCCAUUGUCUCCACUUUGAUAAAAAGGCCCGAGGGUAAUAUCUGUCGUCUAGGUCAGCCACUAUGACUGAUUAACCUAGACGUAAAAUGUUUCCUAGGUAAUUGGUUAUGUAUCAGAUUGGCGUUUACCAGCAAAACGCUGUCCUGCCGAGUUCCUACGGGAGUUACCAUAAAAAAAACUCUUCUCAUUCAUUUCAUUUGUAAUCAUAUUGAUAAAUGUUGAUAUAAGUUGUAUUACAGGUGAUAUAAGCAAGUUCUUACACACGUUUGUAAAUAUUGUUCGCCUAAUUAUGAAUAAAGAAUCAAACUGAACAUC